CCCCAUCAAUCAAGCAAAAGCAAAAAUCUCAUCUCUGGGAUUCGCUCGUUCGUACACCCCACCUCGCUCUUGCCUCUUUUGACUCCCAUUCACACCACGCCCAUGUUACUGCUUUUCGCGUUCCGACCACCACCUUCCUGUCGCUUUCGUUCCCAUCGCCAUCGUCACUGCACAGGAAGAACUCACAGUGAUCUGCUCACUGUAGCGAACUUGCAUUGCCGAACCCCACUAAGGAGAACAAGUUCGCGUGCACGAUGAACGGAGGAGGGAACGAAAAGAUUUGGAGGGGUUCGAGCUACGACUUCCGGGAGGACGAGGAAGUUGCCGGCGGUAACGCGAACGGUACCGAGUCCAGAGUCGGUAGCAGCGACGAGUUCGAUUUCCGCCGGGGAAGCGGCAAGAAGGGGUUGGAAGAAGAUCCGCCGUCGAGGCUGAUCGGUCAGUUCCUGCACAAGCAGCGGGCUUCCGGCGAUUUCUCGCUCGACAUCGAUCUGGAGAUGCAAGAGCUCAAGCAAGAGGACGACGACGACGACUUCACGCCGCUGCCACCUUUGGAAGAGUCGCCAUUGAGGAGCCGGAACAAGGUGUCCUUCGGCGAGCCCGGCUCGAGCGAGGCCAAGCCCACCAGGUUUUCAGUGGAGAAUCAGCAGCGGCAGGAGGAGGAGGGGAGCGAAGAUGGGCAAGUCUUGAGGUGCACAUCGAACGCCUCGUUUCAUAGCAACAGCUCGUUCAAGAGAAAGUCACGGCUUCUGACGGGGGCGGCAAAGAACAAGUCGAGGCUCUUGGAUCCGCCUGAUCACACGGACAAGAAAUCGGGUCGGGUUUCGAAAUUAGGAUUGUCGCCCAAACUCGGUGGGGACGAGGACGAGGACGACCCUUUUGCGGGGGAGGACUUGCCGGAGCAGUACAAGAAGUGCACGCUCGGCCUUGUGGUCCUUCUUGAGUGGGUAAGUUUGAUCUUGAUCAUAAGUGCACUUGUCUGUAGCCUCACCAUUCCUUAUCUUAGGAAGAAGACUCUGUGGAAGCUCAUGCUGUGGAAGUGGGAGGUAAUGAUUUUGGUGUUGAUAUGUGGGAGAUUGGUCUCUAGUUGGGGGAUUCGGAUCAUUGUGUUUUUUAUUGAGAGGAAUUUUGUUCUGAGGAAAAGGGUUCUUUAUUUUGUUUAUGGGUUGAGGAAAGCAGUGCAGAAUUGUCUGUGGUUGGGGCUAGUCUUAAUAGCAUGGCACUUUCUGUUUGAUAAAAAGGUUGAGAGAGAAACCAAUAGCAAGAACCUCCAGUUGGUCACGAAAGUCUUGGUUUGUCUCUUGGUUGGCACAAUGAUUUGGCUUGUGAAGACUCUUAUAGUUAAGGUCUUGGCAUCUUCCUUUCACGUGAGCACCUAUUUUGAUAGGAUUCAGGAGUCUCUGUUUAAUCAAUAUGUGAUCGAGACGCUUUCAGGCCCGCCCUUAGUCGAGAUGAGGAAAGCAGAGGAAGAGGAGGAGAAGAUUGCGGUUGAAGUUGAGAACCUGCAGAAGGCGGGUGCUAUUAUACCUCCCGACCUUAAUGCAGCUGUAUUGCCAACAAAAGGUAGCGGGAGAGUGAUAGGUAGCGGGAGAGUGCAGAAGAGUCCUAGAGGAAAGGAUAAGGGGGAAGAGGGGAUCACAAUCGAUCAUUUGCAUAAACUUAAUCCAAAGAAUGUAUCUGCCUGGAAUAUGAAGAGGCUGAUGAAUUUGGUGCGGUAUGGGAACCUCACAACACUGGAUGAGCAGAUAUCGGGUCACGAUGAUGAAUCUUCGAAGCAAAUAAACAGCGAAAGUGAGGCAAGAGCAGCGGCGAAGAAAAUUUUCCAGAAUGUGGCUCAGCAAGGAUCUAGGCACAUAUAUAUAGAGGACUUGAUGCGGUUUAUGCCAGAAGAUGAGGUUGUAAAGACGAUGAGUCUAUUUGAAGGAGCAUCUGAGAGCCACAAAAUUAGCAAAUCUUGUUUAAAAAACUGGGUGGUUAAUGCUUUCAGAGAACGAAGAGCACUAGCUUUGACCCUGGAUGAUACUAAGACAGCUGUGAACAAACUCCAUCGGAUGGUGAACAUUCUAGUUGGCAUCCUAAUAGCCAUUGUUUGGCUCCUUAUACUAGGAAUUGCAACGAAAAAGUUUCUGCUUCUCAUAAGCUCCCAAUUGCUACUUGUGGUAUUCAUAUUUGGAAACUCGUGCAAGAUGACAUUUGAAGCGAUUAUUUUCUUGUUUGUGAUGCAUCCAUUUGACGUCGGCGAUCGUUGUGAAGUUGAUGGGGUCCAGAUGGUGGUGGAAGAGAUGAACAUCUUAACGACUGUUUUCCUGAGGUAUGACAACCAGAAGAUAAUAAUUCCGAACAGUGUUCUCGCUACUAAGGCCAUCAGUAACUUCUAUCGAAGUCCUGAUAUGGGAGAUGUAGUUGAAUUCUGUGUGCACAUAUCUACACCAACUGAGAAGAUUGCCACAAUGAAACAAAGAAUAACAAGUUACAUUGAGAACAAGAAGGACCACUGGUACCCCGCACCAAUGAUAAUAUUCAAGGAUGUCGAAGAUUUGAACAGGCUGAGAAUAGCAGUUUGGUUGACGCACAGGAUGAACCACCAGGACAUGGGCGAGAAAUGGGCAAGGAGAGCCCUCCUGGUGGAGGAGAUGGUCAAGAUUUUCAAGGAGCUUGACAUCCAAUACCGACUACUACCCCUCGACAUCAACAUCCGUGCUAUGCCUCCAGUGACCUCGAGCAGCCCUCCUCCUACUUGGACUGCACCUUCCAACUGAGUACAUGCAGGUGCAAGGGGUUUGUUUUAGUAGAACGGAAGACAAUUAGAUAAUAGAGUGAUAAUAUAUUUUACAACGCCCAGAUGUCAGAACAAUUAGCAUGGAAUUAGCUUUGAAUGGCAUUGGUUGUUUCCAAUAUCUUGGCUGGUCUAACUCCAUUUAGUUGAGGUACGUAUAAACUUGUGAAAGAGCUUCUGAGUAUGUGCGGUACUAGAUUCGUCUAUAUCGAUUACUUUUUAUACACAUUAUAUCUUCUUGAAUACUUUUUG